GUGUGUGUGUGAGUGUGAAGAUGUAGGUCACCAAACUAACACACCUGCUAUAUCACUUACAGCAGUUCCUGAUGGAAACGCGUGUUUAGAGCAGAGGGAAGACACUCUACGAAAACAUAAGGAGGAAUGUCUGGGAAUAAGUAUGUUGUUAGUGAGACUGUCCCGGAGACUGAAGCCACGCCCCUCUUGACGCCCCUCGGCCCAGAAGAGAAGCAGGCUGUGGGAUCACAGUCGGAGUACGAGCCGGUGACGGUGUGUGUGCCAGCGGAGCUGCCGCCGGUGGUGCCCGUGACGGGCGAGUCGUUCUGCCAGUGUCCAGCUCAAACAGAGCUCAGCUCAGACGCCCAGAUCAGCCCCUACACCCUCAGCUGCACCUGCGGAGAGGAAGAGCAGGGGUGUGAUUGGGUUUGGGACGAGGAGAGCAAAUCAUCCCCGGUGUCUCUGAGCUGCUCUGACCGGAAGGUGAUCUUCCACUCGGAGUACAGCUGUGGAACCGCUGCCAUCAGGGGAGCCAAGCCUCUCAGCGACGGACAGCACUUCUGGGAAAUCAAGAUGACGUCUCCCGUCUACGGCACAGAUAUGAUGGUUGGUGUCGGGACAUCAGAAGUGAACCUGGAUCAGUUCAAACAUAGUUUCUGCAGUCUGUUGGGCACAGAUGAGGACAGCUGGGGUCUGUCCUACACAGGUCACUUGCACCAUAAGGGGUCAAAGGUGAACUUUUCGUCACGGUUCGGUCAAGGGUCCAUAAUCGGGGUCCAUCUGGACAGCUGGCACGGCACCCUGAGCUUCUACAAGAACCGCCGCUGCAUCGGCAUAGCAGCUACUCACUUGCAGAAUAAGCGUCUGUAUCCGAUGGUGUGUUCGACUGCGGCCAAGAGCAGCAUGAAACUGAUCCGUUCACAUUCUGUGCCCACAACAUUACAGUACCUGUGCUGCAUGCAGCUGCGCAAAAUGCUGCCCAACUGCGCAGAUGCUCUGCACGUGCUGCCGCUGCCGCCGGGUCUGCGUCUGCUGCUGUCUAAGCAGCUGGGAUGGGUGCUGACCCUCGGCUGCGCAGACGCCUGCACACACAACAGGGAAGACAAGGCCACACAAACAGAAGACGGCGACUAUGAUGAAUACAUGAGCCCCUUUCCUUCCCACAAUCCCUCUGACACCGAACGCGUCUUUAUUUCUAGUUCCUUCUCUGAUAACCCUGGCUCUUACCGCGGUAAAGAUGAGCCUCUUGAUUCUGCCUCCAUAUAUCCUACUUCCUGUCCAGCCCUGACCACAAUUCCCUCCCUGACCCUAAAUUCCAGCAGGUAUCUGCUUCCUGUCCUUGCUGCGACUCGCCGGUAUCUGUUUCCAGUGACGGCUGUAAGGGAAAUGAUGCCAGUUCUGUGUGUAAACCCGAACACACCGGUUCUUGCAUUCUAUGCUCCUCCUACACUCCACCAGGCCACGCCUCCUUAUGGCCUGACUCCGCCUCUGACUCAGAUGACUUCUCUUCAGAGCUGGAGACGUGCCAGAGGAAACGCUGCCGCUGGACAUGAGACACCACGUUUACAUGUAAAUCACAGGUCAAAGGUCACAUUUAAUGGCAGAGUUCAUGGUUUACUCACCCUCAUGCUGUUCCAAACUCAUUUGAGUUAGCUGAAAUCGUGAUAUUGCUUAGUGCGAUUAUAAAAUCGCAAAGUCUGCGAUUUAAUUAAAUAUAUUUCAGGAAAAGAGAAUUUAAGAGAAGCACUUAUAAACUAGCUGUUGUCUGCAAAAA